AUGGAUGUCUCCACUCAGGAAGAUACAGAAAAAUGCACCAAGUGUCCACCUGAUCAAUAUCCAAACAAAGAACGAGUCCAAUGUAUCUCCAAAAUUAUAAUCUUCCUUUCUUAUGAAGAAUAUCUGGGCAUCAUCCUAGUGUCUUUUGCCCUAUUCUUGUUCUUAACCACAAACUUUAUUUUAAUUAUAUUCAUUAAAUACCGAGAAACUCCCAUUGUGAAAGCCAACAACCGGGACCUCUCUUACAUCCUCCUGGUCUCCCUCCUGCUUUGCUUCUUAUCUCCUCUUCUCUUCAUUGGUCAACCAAGGAAAGCCACCUGCCUUCUUCGACAAGCAGUGUUCAGCAUUGUCUUCUCAGUUGCCGUUUCCUCUCUUUUGGCCAAAACAAUCACAGUGGUGUUGGCUUUCCUAGCUACAAAACCAGGAAACCAAGUGAAGAGAUGGUUGGGGAAGAGCUUGGCCAAUUCCAUCAUCCUUUCUUGUUCUACUGUGCAAAUUAUCAUCUGCUCCAUCUGGCUGGGGUUUUCUCCCCCAUUCCCUGACUCUGACCUCCACUCCCAGUCUGGAGAGGUCAUUCUGCAAUGCAAUGAAGGGGCUGUUGUCAUGUUCUACAUUACCCUCAGCUACAUGGGUAUCUUGGCUGCCAUUUGCUUCACAGUUGCUUUCCUGGCCAGGAAUCUCCCUGGGGCCUUCAAUGAAGCCAAGUUGAUCACUUUCAGCAUGCUGGUCUUCUGCAGUGUCUGGGUGAGUUUUGUACCCACCUACCUGAGCACCAAAGGGAAAUACAUGGUGGCUGUUCAGGUCUUCUCUAUCUUGGCCUCCAGUGCUGGAUUGCUGGGCUGUAUCUUCAUCCCCAAGUGCUACAUUAUUAUCCUGAAACCAGCCCUGAAUACAAAGGAGCAACUUACAACCAGAAGAAAUGUAGAAAUGUGAGACAGAGGAAUUUUUUGUCUCAAUAGUUUGCAUCAUUCCACACCAAGAAGAUGAUCCAAGCUCCUCUCCAAACAUAAGAGGGCCAAUGAUUUUGCUUGAAAUAAUUAAAGGGUGUUUGGAAG